AUGGCAUCACCAGAUAGGCUUGCGGCCACCACAAACCUGGAGCCUUUGCGCGAAGAUGGGCCGUACAUCUUACGGCCGUUGCUGGAACAUGUUCCUUUAACAUCAGAUGGGUCCGACUCCGACGUCAAAAUUAACUGUGUAGAGUUCUAUGAUGGUAAUUUGUAUAUUGGCACCUCGGCAUCUGAAGUACUCCAUUUCGUGCAAAUACCUCCCGAGCCCAACGACACAACUGGACAGCCGGUUUAUAUACAGGCCUCGAGGCUGUCCCCGGUUUCUGUCGAGUCCCCCUCCUCUCGAACGACUGCCGGCCAAGGUGUACAAGAAAUACUUUUGCUACCUCGGAUAGGAAAGGCAUGUAUAUUGUGCAACUCAACCGCCGCCUUCUAUACUUUGCCGGAACUGAGCCCAGUUUCUGGUAUUAGCGUCGUCAAGAACUGUAGCUGGAUUGGAGGUGUGGACUUGAAUGAUGCAGUUGCAACUGAUGGCUCCGGACGAGCCAGCGGCAACGAUGCCACUAUACUUCUGUCGUUGAAAUCCAAGAUUCAAGUUGUUCGCCUCGCUGAUAAGGUGCUUGAAGCGCCGAAAGUUACAUUCGCUGGAAGUGUAUUGUCAGUACGUCGAGACUCAAUAGCUUGCGUCGCCGAUUCCAAGUCAUAUGCACUACUCGACAUAUACCGGCGUCUCACUAUCCCGCUAAUGAGCAUCUCAACUUUGGACGAAACUCCUGUUGAGGAUGUUGGAAGACUACAUCCCCAACAGGAUGGCCCAGACGACCCCAUCACCAGGUCGGGACGUUCAAAUUUAUCUGCUCAGGGCGUGGAUACGCCGAGCCAUAGUCGAUCUCCGAGUCAAAAUGACGAUCCCUCGAAGUCCCAGCAACCCUCGCCUCCUGUGCCCUCGACAAGCCCAGAGCCAUAUUCAGAUUCCAAGUCAUCACCACCUCCUACGAACAAGCCUUUGCCUCCACCUCCUGCAGAGGAUGCAUCACACUCCAAAGCGCCUCCUGUGAGAUACCAAUCACCUUUCGCUUUGAAACCGCAUAUUACCUCGCCAAACCCAGAAGAAUUUCUCCUGGUCAUUGGGACGAAACUAUCAGAACCAGGAGUUGGUAUGUUCGUAAGCUUGGAUGGGGAACCCACCAGGGCGACCCUCCAAUUUGAGAAAUAUCCAGAUCAAGUUAUCGUCGAUGGCAACAAUUUCGAUAUGGCUUCGUCUCAGACUGGCUUCGUCGAGGAAGAAGAUAGCUACGUGCUUGCGUCCAUGUCCAAAGAAACCGAAAACGGGCCUUGUAAUGGCAUUGAAAUUCAGCAUGUGAACGCGGGCCAAGAGGCAAAUCCAAAAAAAUACUGGUUGGAAGCACAAGGCUCUUCAGGCCAGAAUUCUUACGGUUUAAGGGCUUUUUUGGGCAGAGGGGAAAUCCGCUUAGGCGAAGUUGUUUCCAAGCUCAGCCAAAAGAGAUUUGCUCCAUUCCCUGGGCCAUUGGAAACAUCUACUUCUUCUCUCAAGAGCUCUGACUCUAGGACAGCCCUCUCAAUAGAACGGCUAUCGAAAGAAAAAGAACUUUUCGAACGUGACGAUUCUCAGGAUGAUGAUUCACUGCCGGAAGGAUGGGAGUCAACUCGUAACGCUGAAGGUGAAGACUUUGCGCGACGACUUGCUGCCGCUGAAACCAGAUUGGCAGUCUGGCACGGCAAUCGUCUGUGGUGGGCAAUUCGAAAUCCCCUCAUCAUUCAACUCGACACUCUUCUGGACGCUGCAAGCCCCAAAGGGCAAAUGGCAGACAUUGACAGGCAGGCAGUCUAUUCUGUUCUGAAACUCAUUCGAGGUCGGGAUGCCAGGACGGAACUUGAAUACAUGACCCUUGAUUACUUGAGGCAAAAGGCCGGUUUGCUCCUCCUGAUCAAUCUCCUGUCCUCCCCGCAAAAACAGCUUGUCUCGGACGGCGAACUAAACGCCCUUGAAGACAUUUUGGUAGACAGUAAAUUGGACCCUCGAGUGGUCUUGUCGCUUGUCCCUGGUAUCCGAAACGACAUCAUCGAAGGAAGACGAGGUAUAUGGAUUUACACCGGCGUAAAGACAGUAGCUGAAUCAUAUCUUCGAAGUGUCACAUUCGAGACGCCUGCAAAGAACGCUCUGCAAAGAAAUGAGAUUCGAAUUAUGCAUUUUCUUCGUCGAUUCCUUUCAGCAUGGAGGAAGAUGAAAGGAUUCGGCAGUGUACCGGACGAAAAUGAGGUAUUCAGGACGGUGGAUGCGGCCCUUCUCAUCUGCUUGCUCGAGUUAAUCGACGCUCUUCUCAAGGCCUGGCCAAUGGAGGUGCUGUUAGAUCAGAGCUCAAUGAACUUGUCGAUAAAGGAGUGGAUUGUUUCGAUCGGGCUGUCGAUAUUCUCGAAUCGUAUCACAGGCUCUUUGUGUUGA